AUGGCGUCUUUUUUUAAACACCAAACAACGUUCUCUCCAAGCGCUCGUGGUAGCGUCAGAUCAGCCCAGUCUGGCAGGCAUUCAAAAACGCUACAGUCUGCUCCUUCUUAUACAGGCUCUGCUUUUUCUCGUAUUUUUAGUGAUAAAAAUAUAACAACGAAUAUCUUGCCGACCUUUUUGGUUUCAGAACAAACAAAGAAAGGGAUUACUGAAGAAGAUCUUCAAAGGUUAAACCUUAUGAAUUCUUUAUAUUCCAAUCCUCAAGAAUCCUUAUCAAGAACCCAAGUAAUUUUCAGCUCUCGGGAAUCCUUAGGAAAAUAUCAGCCAGAUGAUGCCAAGCCAUCUGAGCCAGCACCAAGACCAAGCUUGCCUAACGAAAACCGACUAAGCUUGCCUAGUGAAAGCCGACUAAAAAUCAGCACAGAAAAAAUAGAAGAGGUCAAAAAGAUUGAAAAAAUUACCCGAGAUAUUUUUAAUCCUACCCUAAAACCUAGCGAAGUGUUGCUAUCUAUAAGAAAACGAGACCUAAAAAGAGAAGAUUUGGUGAAACUAAGGGAGGGGGUUGACUUACCAGAGUGCAUUAUUGACUGCUACUUGUCUAUUCUUAAACAUACCAACAGCUUAAGAAUAAGGUAUACGCCUGGAGCCUCAAAAGUCCUUAUUGCGAGCUCGAGCUUUAGUUCAAUGAUUUUUUUAAAAGGCAAAGAAAUAGCUCAGCCAAAAUCAAAUAUGAUUUUUCUUAUAAAAAAAUCAAAAAAUUUUGUAAAUUAAAUUAAUUUUUAUUCAUAAAAAGAGGUAUAUAUUCAAAUACGAUUUUUUAGUUUUUCCUCUAAAUGUAGGAUAUUGGACUUUAUUAGUAGUAGAUAUGAAAAGGAUGAUUGUAAAAUAUUACGACCCAAUUAAAGAGCACAGAACUAUUUCUAUUGUAAUGGCUAGACUUUCAAAAUUCAUUCAAAAAGCGACUCCGAGAGAAGAGCAAAGAGUUACUACGAAUUUUCAAUUUAUUUCAAUGCCUCUGCAAGGGACAAGUAUGAUGGAUAGUGGAGUGUUUAUUUGUAAUGAAGCAGAAAAUCUAGCUUGUGGGAAGCAAAACAGAAUAAAUAAAGAGUCAGUCGAUAACUAUAAAAAGGAUAUGCUGGCCGCACUGGUUAAAGCAUCAAGUAUAUAA